AUGAAGAACAUUUGUUGGUUGAUCCCGAAACUUGUCAAUUUUGUGACUCUUGGCUUCACAUGGAUUUCUGUGGUUCAGUGCGCAGUUUUAAACAGCUGCCUAAAGUCAUGUGUAACUAACCUGGGCGGUCACCUGGACAGUGGCAUGCCGUGUAACCGGAGUGAACCGUGCAUCCAAGGAUGUCAUUUUUGGAACUCUGUAAACCAGGAGAGCUGUGCUUUGAAGUGUAAUGAUACCUAUGCCACAGUUGGUGAGAGAGAAUCCUGUGAGGUCGGCUGCAGCAGUUCUGAAGAUGCAUAUGAAGACCAAGUGCUAGAAAAUGCAGACCUCCCCACCGCACCCUUUGCUUCUUCCAUCGGAAACCAAAGUGUGACAUUACGAUGGAAAUCUGCCAAUGUUUCUGGAAUAAAAUACAUCAUUCAGUGGAAAUAUGCACAAUUUCUGGGAAGUUGGACUUACACUGAGGCCGUGUCCCAGGUGUCAUAUGUGGUACAGCCCCUGCAUCCCUUCACUGAAUAUAUUUUUCGAGUCGUUUGGAUCUUCACAGCCCAGCUGCAGCUGCACUCUCCCCCGAGCCCCAGCUACAGGACUCAUCCUUACGGAGUUCCUGAAAAUGCUCCUCUCAUUAGAAAUAUUGAGAGCGCAAGUCCUGACACCGUGGAAGUCAGCUGGGCUCCACCCCCGUUCCCCGGCGGGCCCAUUUUGGGUUAUAACUUACGGCUGAUUAGCAAAAACCAAAAAUUAGAUUCAGGAACACAGAGAACCAGUUUCCAGUUUUACUCUACUCUACCAAAUACCACCUACAGGUUUUCAAUUGCAGCAGUAAAUGAAGUUGGUGAGGGGCCAGAAGCAGAAUCUAGCAUUACCACUUCAUCCCCAGCAGUUCAAGAAGAGGAACAGUGGCUCUUUUUAUCCAGAAAAUCUUCUCUAAGAAAGAGAUCUUUAAAACAUUUAGUAGAUGAAGCACAGUGCCUUGUGUCAGAAGCUAUACACCGUAAUAUUACAGGAAUAUCAGUUAAUGUCCACCAGCAAGUUGUUUAUUUCUCUGAAGGAACUCUCAUAUGGGUGAAGGAGGUGUCCAACAUGUCUGAUGUGUCUGACCUGAGAAUUUUUUACAGAGGUUCAGGAUUGAUUUCUUCCAUCUCCGUAGACUGGCUUUAUCAGAGGCUGUAUUUCAUCAUGGAUGAACUGGUGUAUGUCUGUGACUUAGAGAGCUGCUCAAACAUUGAAGAAAUUACUCCUCCCUCAAUUACUGCACCUCAAAAACUUGUGGCUGAUUCGUACAAUGGGUAUGUCUUUUAUCUUCUGAGAGACGGCAUUUAUAGAGUAGAUCUCCCGCUGCCACCUGCUCGGGACUCGAAAGCCAUGCGUGUUGUGGAAAGUUGCACAUUAAAGGACUUUGCAGUAAAGCCACAGUCCAAGCGAAUCAUUUACUUCAAUGGCACGGCCCAAGUCUUCAUGUCGACAUUUCUGGAUGGCUCUGCUUCCCAUCUUGUCCUGCCUCGCGUCCCCUUUGCUGAUGUGAAGAGCUUUGCUUGUGAAAACAAUGACUUCCUUGUCACAGAUGGCAAGGCUGUUUUCCAACAGGAUGCUUUUUCUUUUAAUGAGUUCAUCGUGGGAUGUGACCUGACACACAUAGAAGAGUUUGGGUUUGGUAACUUGGUCAUCUUUAGCCUGUACACCCAGCCAUACCCGCUGCCAGCCCACCCGCAGCGGCUCUCUGUGCUGUUUGGCUCCCACCAGGCGCUGGUUCAGUGGAAGCCUCCUGCCCUCGCCAUAGGAGCCAGCCCUUCUGCCUGGCAGAACUGGACUUACGAGGUGAAGAUAUCAACCCAAGACUUCCCUGAAAUUGCUCAUGUUUUCUCUAACAUAAAUGGGACCAUGCUUAAUGUCCCUAAAUUGCAGAGUGCUACAAGAUACGAGGUUUCUGUGAGAGCAAGUUCUCCCAAGGGGCCAGGCCCUUGGUCAGAGGCCUCAGUGGGCACUACCCUGGUGCCAGCUACAGAACCACCAUUUAUCAUGGCUGUCAAAGAAGAUGGGCUUUGGAGUAAACCAUUAAAUAGCUUUGGCCCAGGAGAAUUCUUGUCCUCUGAUAUAGGGAAUGUGUCAGACAUGGACUGGUAUAACAACAGCCUCUACUACAGUGACAUGAAAGGCGAUGUUUACGUGUGGUUGCUGAAUGGGACGAAUAUCUCAGAGAGUUAUCACAUACCCAACAUUGCAGGAGCAGGGGCCAUUGCUUAUGAGUGGCUGGGUCACUUUCUCUACUGGGCUGGAAAGACACAUGUGAUACAAAGGCAGUCUGUGUUGACAGGACACACAGAUAUGGUGACUCACGUGAAGUUGCUGGUGAAUGACAUGGCAGUGGACUCCAUUGGUGGAUACCUAUAUUGGACCACACUGUACUCAGUUGAAAGCACCAGGCUAAAUGGAGAAAAUUCCCUUGUCUUGCAGGCACAGCCUUGGCUUUCUGGGAAAAAGGUAAUUGCUCUAACUUUGGACCUCAGCGAUGGGCUCCUAUAUUGGUUGGUUCAAGACAGUCAAUGUAUUCACCUAUACACUGCUGUUCUUAGGGGACAGAGCAGUGCUGGGGACACCACCAUCACAGAAUUUGCAGCCUGGAGUACUUCUGAAAUUUCCCAGAAUGCACUGAUGUACUAUAGUGGUCGGCUUUUCUGGAUCAAUGGCUUUAAGAUUAUAACAGCUCAAGAAAUAGGUCAGCGAACCAGUGUCUCUGUUUUGGAACCAGCCACAUGUAAUCAAUUUACAAUUAUUCAGACAUCCCUCAAACCUCUGCCAGGGAACUUUUCUUUUACCCCUAAGGUGAUUCCAGAUUCCAUUCAAGAGUCUUCAUUUAGGAUCGAAGGAAAUGCUUCAAGGUUUCAUAUCCUGUGGAAUGCUGUCCCAGCAGUGGAUUGGGGUGCGAUUUUCUACAGGGUGGAAUUUGGUGCUCCUCAUAAGUUCCUGGCUAUUGAGCAACAUCCAUUACCUGUGUUUACUGUGGAAGGUCUGGAGCCUUAUGCCUUAUUUAAUCUUUCUGUCACUCCUUAUACCUACUGGGGAAAGGGCCCCAAAACAUCUCUGUCACUUCGAGCACCUGAAACAGUUCCAUCAGCACCAGAGAAUCCCAGAAUAUUUAUAUUGCCAAGUGGAAAAUACCACAGCAACAAUGAAGUUGCAGUGGAAUUUAGGUGGAAUAAGCCCAAGCAUGAAAAUGGUGUGUUGACAAGAUUUGAAAUUUUCUAUCGAAUAUUCAACCAAAGUGACACAAACGAAACAUUUGAAGACUGGAUUGUUGUCCAUGUCACUCCUUCAGUGAUAUCUUUUCAACUUGAGAGCGCGAGUGCUGGGUGUAUUGUUGCCUUCCAGGUUCGAGUCUUCACAUCCAAAGGACCUGGACCAUUUUCUGACUUGGUAAAGUCCCAAACAUCAGAAAUCAAUCCAUUUCCAUACCUCAUAACUCUUUUUGACAACCAGAUAGUUUUGUUAGAUAUGGAUCAAAAUCAGGUUUUGUGGGUGUUUUUGGCAGAAAGAGACAUCAGUGCCAUGGGCUACACAGCUGAUAAUACAAUGGGGUAUUACGCUCAAGGAGACUCACUCUUCCUUCUGAACAUGCACAAUCAGUCCAGCUCUGAGAUUUUCCGCGAUGCAGUGGUUUUUGAUAUCACAAUUAUUGCAGUUGACUGGAUUUCAAGGCACCUCUACUUUGUGCUGAAAGAUCCACAAAAUGGAAUGCAAAUAUUUGAUAUUGAUCUUGAACACAAGCUGAAAUAUCCCAGGAAGCUGAAACUUUGCAACAGAAAUUCAACAAUAAUCUCUUUUUUUGUGUAUCCUCUUUUAAGUCGCCUGUAUUGGACAGAAGUUUCUGAUUUGGGCUCUCAGAUGUUCUACUACAGUAUUAUCAAUCAGACUUUGCACCGCAUUCUGCAACCCCCAGCCACAAACCAUCCAAAUAGAAGGAGCCGAUGUUCUUGCAAUGUGACUGAAUUUGAGUUAAGCGGAGCAAUGACUAUUGAUACCUCUCAGCUAAAGCAACCACAGAUAUACUUUGUUAAAGGACAAGAGAUCUGGGCCAUGGAUCUGGAAGGAUGCCAGUGUCGGCAAGUUAUCGUAAUGCCUGCUUUGCUUGGAAAAACACUUGUCAGCCUAACCGUGGAUGGGAAAUUUCUGUAUUGGUCGUCCAUAGCCAACGACAGCACCCAGAUUUGCCAAGUAAAGAAAAGCGGUGGGGCCGUCCUCUCCCGGGUGAGGGCCCCGAGGAGUGAGCGUAUCUUGGCUUACAGUUCGCUGCUGCAGCCUUUUCCAGAUAAAGCAUUUCUGUCUCUAGCUUCAGAUAUUGCAGAGCCAACAAUACUUAACACCACAAACACCAGCCUCACAAUCAGAUUACCGCCUUCCAGGACAAACCUCACUUGGUAUGGCAUUACCAGCCCUACUGCAACAUACCUGGUUUAUUACAAAGAAGUUACUGGUGGGAAAAACAGCUCUGAACAAAAAUAUAGAAUGCUGGAAUUUCAGGAGAGUAUAGCCCUUAUUGAAGGUUUACAACCAUUUUCAACAUAUAUGAUACAGAUAGCUGUAAAGAAUUACUAUUCAGAUCCUUUGGAACAAUUACCACUGGGAAAAAAGAUUUGGGGAGAAACCAAAAUUGGAGUACCAGAGGCUGUUUGGCAUAUUAACACCACCGUGCAGUCAGACACCAGCCUUGUUAUAUCCUGGAGAGAAUCUCACAAGCCAAACGGACCUAAGGAGUCAGUCCGCUAUCAGUUGGCAAUCUCACAUCUGGGCCUAAUUCCAGAGACUCCUCUAAGACAAAGUGAAUAUCCAAAUGGAAGCCUUGCUCUCUGUGUUACUGGACUGUCUGGUGGAAAACUCUAUGUGUUAAAGGUUCUGGCCUGCCAUGCCAAGGAAAUGUGGUGCGCUGAGAGUCAUCCUGUCACUGUUGAAACGUUUGACACACCAGCGAAACCUUAUGCCGUGGUUCCAGGGAACACUAGUUUGCAAUUAGAUUGGAAGCCUCCAUCUAAUGUUAACCUCAUCAGAUUCUGGUUUGAACUCCAGAAGUACAAUGAGUUUUACCGCGUUAAAGCUUCAUGCAGCCAAGGUCCUGCUUAUGUCUGUAACGUCACGGAGCUACAGCCUUAUACUUCAUACAAAGUCCGCGUAGUGGUGGUUUACAGCACAGGAGAGAAUAGCACCUCACUUUCAGAAAGUUUUAAGACAAAAGCUGGCGUCCCAAGUAAACCAGGCAUUCCAAAAUUAUUAGAAGGCAGUAAAAAUUCAGUACAGUGGGAAAAAGCUGAUGAUAAUGGAAGCCAACUUAUGUACUAUAUCCUUGAGAUAAGAAAAGGUACUUCUAAUGAUUCACUGAACCAGAAUUUAAUGUGGAAGAUGGCAUUUAAUGGAUCCUGCAGUAGCAUUUGUACAUGGAAAUCCAAAAACCUUAAAGGAACAUUUCAGUUCAGAGUAGUAGCUGCAAAUAAUCUGGGAUUCGGUGAAUAUAGUGGAAUCAGCGAGGAUAUUUUAUUAGCUGGAGAUGGUUUUUGGAUACCAGAAACAAGUUUUAUACUUACUAUCAUAAUUGGAAUAUUUCUGGUUGUUACAAUUCCAUUGGUCUAUGUCUGGCAUAGAAGAUUAAAGGAUCAAAAAACUCCCAAGGAAGGGCUGACAGUUUUCAUAAACGAAGACAAAGAGCUGGCUGAGCUACGAGGUCUGGCGGCGGCAGUGGGACUGGCUAAUGGCUGCUGUGCAAUACGUACUCUUCCAACGCAAGAGGAGAUUGAAAGUCUUCCUGCUUUUCCUCGGGAGAAACUAACUCUGCGUCUCUUGUUGGGAAGUGGGGCCUUUGGAGAAGUGUAUGAAGGGACAGCAGUAGACAUCUUAGGAGCUGGAAGUGGAGAAACCAAAGUAGCAGUGAAGACUUUGAAGAAGGGCUCCACAGACCAGGAGAAGAUCGAGUUCCUGAAGGAAGCACAUUUGAUGAGCAAGUUUAAUCAUCCCAACAUCCUGAAGCAGCUUGGAGUUUGUCUGCUGAAUGAACCCCAGUACAUUAUCCUGGAACUGAUGGAAGGAGGAGACCUCCUCACCUAUUUGCGUAAAGCCCGGAUGACAAAGUUUCAUGGUCCUUUACUCACUUUGGUUGAUCUUGUAGACCUGUCUGUAGAUAUUGCAAAAGGCUGUGUCUACUUGGAGCAACUGCACUUUAUUCACAGGGAUCUCGCAGCUCGGAAUUGCCUUGUCUCUGUGAAUGACUAUAGCAGCCCAUCACGGACAGUGAAGAUUGGGGACUUUGGACUUGCGAGGGACAUCUAUAAAAAUGAUUACUAUAGAAAGAGAGGAGAGGGCCUUCUCCCUGUUCGGUGGAUGGCUCCAGAAAGUUUGAUGGAUGGAAUCUUCACUACGCAGUCUGAUGUAUGGUCUUUUGGAAUUCUGACUUGGGAGAUUUUAACUCUUGGUCAUCAGCCUUAUCCAACUCAUUCUAACCUUGACGUUCUAAACUAUGUGCAAACAGGAGGGAGACUGGAGCCGCCAAGAAAUUGUCCUGAUGAUCUGUGGAAUUUAAUGACCCAGUGCUGGGCUCAAGAACCUGACCAAAGACCUACUUUCCAUAAAAUUCAAGAGCAGCUUCAGUUAUUCAGAAAUUUUUCCUUAAAUAGUAUUUCUCAAUGCAGAGAAGUGAACCCUAGUGGAAUCAUAAAUGAAGGCUUUGAAGAUGAAGAUGGCAACAUGGUUUGUUUGAAUUUGGAUGACAGUAUGCCAAUUGCUCUAAUGGAAACCAAGAACCAAGAAGGGUUAAACUAUAUGGUACUUGCUACAGAGUACAGCCAAGCUGAAGAUAAUUCUGAGGGUCCUCCAGGCUCCGAGGAAUCUGGAUCUUGUGGUCUGAGGAAAGGAGAGAAGGAACCACAUGCAGACAAAGGCCUCUGCCAAGAAAAACAAGUGGCUUAUUGCCCUCCUGGCAAGCCCGAAGGCCUGAACUAUGCCUGCCUCACUCACAGCGGACAUGGAGAUGGGUCUGAUUAACAGCUCUGUUUGGGAAAUGCAC